GUGCUCUGUUAGUCUGUUUACACUUCACAGCUGAUCGGUGGAGGGCGGCGGGUGCUGAGUGCCGACCAUCAACUAUUACUGCUUUCUGGUGGUUGAUCUGUGGACAUAAACACGCCGGUACAAACAAGGGACAACAUGGAAAAAAAUCCUAUCUACUAUUCCUUACCUAACGUGGUCACUGAGAGGUCAGCCAGUAUCAUUGACCUCCCAGCCUCAAGUUCCGGUGCAAAAGACCUGAAAGAACUGGUGGAAACUUGGGUUCCAAAAGAUGACAAAGAUGAAGUGGAAUCCGAGCUUAAAAAAUAUUUCCCACUGAUGGAAAAGAAGUCAAGAGUGCGGCCACACAAGUCCCUCAAGAAGCCAAAGAAGCUGAAGCAACCUCCCCAACACAGAGGAAAGAAGCGCCUCACCAGUAAGCAGAGGCGAGAUCUUGGUCUCCACCUUAUUGACAAGACCAACAAGACCUUCGAGAUGUUCCUUCCUAUUCAUGACCUGUGGAAGAGCUACGCCCAGGAGCUGCUCCAUAUCAGUCAUUUCCUACAGAGUGGCUGGAAUGGUGAUAGCCGGGACACCAAGACUGAAACCAUCCAAAACAGGGUCAGGAAGAUGGAUUACUUUGGUUGCUUCCUUCGAGUAACCCGGUCUCGGUGUUCAGAGUAUGUGGGGAUCCAAGGAAUUGUCAUCAGAGAAACCAAAAAUACUCUUAUAAUGGUGUGCCCAGAUGACAGUGUGAAAACCAUCCCCAAGAUGCAUAGUGAGUUCAGCUUUGUGGUAGAUGGUGUUGGUUUUUCUAUCAUAGGGAACCACUUGCACCAGAGACCAGCAGAGCGGGCCAAACACAAUUUUAAGAAGCUGUGCCUGUGGCUGUGAUGUACCAAGAUUUGUUGUGCUGUGAGAACAUUUUAAAAACAUUGUACAAAAUACAUCAGUGGCUCGACUAAGUUGUUGGGAUCUCUCAAAAACAAAUGGACAAAAGUACUAAGAUUAGUGUGAGCUGUGAAUGGUAGCAAACAUAAUGCAUAUAGUAUUUGCAUUAUCAACAAGUGUCAAAUAAUGUGUUCAUGUAAUGGGUAUGUUAUUCUUUAAAAGUGAUGUGAUGGAUAUUAUGGAUGCUUUUUCAAAGAAAUUUCUAAUAAAUGAUGAAACUUAA